AAGAUCCUAGCCCACUGCCCCUUCCCUUCUCCUAGAGGGGCACCUGACCUCCAUCCACCUCGUCCUGGCCCUGCCCCUCCACUUCCCCAGGACAGGCCACAGGGGAAACGUGGCUGCCAGGACACAGCGUAUUCUUCAGUGGUUUUUCCUUCAAAGGAAAAUCUCCUUGUGACUCAUCUCCCUGGAAAACAAACAAAAAAAAAUCGCCAAAACACAUGGAAGAACCAGGCUCCCUCCCCUGACCUCCCUGUGGCCUUGCAGGAGCCUCCUGACCUGCCCUGCUGGCUGCUUCCCAUCUUCCCACCAUGGGGGUUGGGGAGGGGGGGAAACAGCCGACUUGGGAUUGGGGAUAUUUAGAGGAAACAGGGAGGAAUGGGGGAAGGGUGAACUGGAGCUUCCCAGCUCUGGCCCUGGGUGCUAGAGUUAAACCCAGGAGUUUGCAUCGCCCAAGCAUUGAGAAUGUGGGGUCCUCCUGGGGGACCGAGGCUUUUCCCCAACAGCCUUAACAUCCGGUGCCCUUGGUGGAUGCUGGUGACUGCAGAAAGUGAAACUCGGGGAGGCUCUUAGGGAGCUCGCUCGAGAGGACUAGGCAGGAUUUCCCUUUCCAAGCCCCUAGAGCGUUCUUUGUGGAGCAAAGCGACGUGUGCCCUCUCCAACGCGCGCGCGCGCGCACACACACACACACACACACACACUUUCCUGGCAAGCUCCAGAGCUUUGCAAACAUUUCGUCACCGGCUCUUCCUGACCUUGGUGUGCAAGGAACGAACCGCGUGGCCUGUUGGUCCCAGCAAAGCCGUCGGGGGCGUGGGGGCCCGGCUGGGGUGGGGGAGGGCGGCGACCGGCUGGAGAGUGGAGGUGAGGUCUGCUGGAAAUCCCCAGCCCGCGCCGCCGCCGCCGGGAGGUUUGAAGACGCCUUCCCCGGCCUUAUUUGGUCGCAGGAAGUGGGCGGUGCCGGGCGUCCAGGCGGAGAGGCCGGCUGGAGACGGUUGUGCUGAUGAAGUGGGAGAGCGGGUUCCUGCUCGCCGCGGUGCCGCGCGCGCCUGCCGGCCGCUGGGCGCUCCGCGCUCCCAGCCCCGAGUUGUGCAAUCCUUUGUAGCACGCCAGAGAGUCCUCCUCCUGCGCUGUUGCCUCUCGCCCUCUCUCUCUCUCUCUCCUUUUUUUCAAGCUGUGAGCUCAACCGAUGAGUCAGAGCCGUGCAAUCCUGACACUGCAUCGCAGGACUGGGGGUGACACGGAGGGAGGGAGAGCGCUCGCGAGGCGGCCAGCACGGGCGCGGGGCGCGCCGAGUUCCUGCGCUGCGAGCUGGGGGAUGACAAACCCGCUCGUCCCGCCCGGGUCCUGCCUGCAAACUUCCCAGCCUUGAGAGGGAGGCGCGGGUUGGCGGAAACCCCGAGAGCACCGCGGGGAGGCGACGGCGCCUGUUUGUUUUUAAAAUCCGGGAGUGCGUGCAAGCAAGCGGGCUUGGAGUCCCGUAGGCCACCGAAGGCGGCGGGGAGGGAGAAGACUACCGAGGCCGGACUGGGGCUCCAGGACCCGGUGAGCACCAUGAACGGCAGAGAGAAGUAGAGCAGCCCAGAGCAUCUCUGAAAGACAACAAUCGGACGCUGGUUGGUUCUCCAGUGCUGUAGCGUCUCGCACGGUCUUAGCUCCCGACUGGGCCAGGCUUCCAGCAGUUGUCCCUCCCCCCACUUCCCCGGGGGUGGGCAUGGGCAGCUGGUGAAGUAGAUUUCGCUUGGGCUCAGCUGGCCACACCAUGAACCUCCAGGCCCAGCCCAAGGCUCAGAACAAACGGAAGCGUUGCCUCUUUGGGGAUCAGGACGCGGCUCCCAAGGAGCAGCCACCCCCGCUGCAGGCUCCCCAGCAGGCCCUCCGGAGCAAGGAGGAACAGUUCGGCAGCGGUGCGGGGCUGGAGGGGCCAGUGGCUGCCUCCGCCUCGCAGCCCGUGGAGCUGCCUCCCACCAACAGCCUGGCCCUGCUGAACUCCGUGGUGUACGGGCACGAGAGGACCACGCCAGGCAUGCUGUCUCAGCAGGUGGGAUCGGUGAAGUGGCCCAAUUCGGUGAUGGCCCCCGGGCGAGGUCCGGAGCGCGGUGGCGGCAGUGACAGCAGCUGGCAGCCACAGCCAGGCCAGCCUCCGCCGCACCCCACGUGGAACCGGCUGUCCCUCUACGGCGGACCCAAGGGGAGCCCUCAUCCUGGGGUGGGGGUCCCCACCUACUAUAACCACCCCGAGGCUCUGAAGCGGGACAAAGGGGGCGGCCCGCAGCUGGACCGCUAUGGCAACGCGGUGCGGCCCGUGAUGCCACCCAAAGGGCCGCUGGAGCCGUCUCCCCUCAACUCCUUCCAUGCAACCAAGAAACCCCCGAACCAGACGCUGCCCUUGCAGCCCUUCCAGCUGGCAUUUGGCCACCAGGUGAACCGGCAGGUCUUCCGGCAGGGCCCACCGCCACCUCCACCCAACCCCACAGCGGCUGCAGCCGCUUUCCCCCCACAGAAGCAGGCGCCCCCGCAGGCAGCACUGCCGCAGAUGCAGCUCUUUGAGAACUUCUACUCCAUGCAGCAGCCGCCUUCGCAGCAGCCCCAGGACUUCGGCCUGCAGCCAGCCGGACCGUUGGGGCAGGCGCACCUGGCUCACCAUAGCAUGGCGCCCUACCCUUUCCCCCCGAAUCCCGACAUGAACCCGGAACUGCGCAAGGCCCUCUUGCCAGAGUCGGCCCCACAGCCUGUGCUACCUCAACCUUCGGUCGCCUUCCCCCGCCGCUCCCGCCGUCUCUCCAAGGAGGGGAUCCUGCCUCCCACCGCCCUGGACGGAGCCGGCGCCCAACCCGGACAGGAACCCACCAGCAAUCUCUUCCUGCAUCACUGGCCGCUGCAGCAGCCACCCCCCGGCCCCCUGGGACAGCCCCAUCCUGAAGCACUGGGCUUCCCACUGGAGCUGCUGGCCGACGGAGAGAGACUGGCACCCAACGGUCGUGAGCGGGAGGCUCUGGGUGCGGGCAGCGAGGAGAGCCUGAGGACAGUGGGCAGCAGUGACUGUGGCCAGCCACUCCGGGGUGGGGUAAUCCAGAGUACGAGACGGAGACGCCGCACGUCCCAGGAGGCCAAUUUGCUGACCUUGGCUCAGAAGGCAGUGGAGCUGGCCUCGCUACAGAAUGCAAAGGAUGCCAAUGGCUCCGAGGAGAAGCGGAAAAGCGUCCUGGCCUCCACUGCCAAGAGUGGGGUGGAGUUUUCUGAGCCUUCCUUAGCCGCCAAGCGCUCACGAGAUGACAGUGGACUGGUCCCUCUCAUCAUUCCCGUGUCUGUGCCCGUGCGGGCUGUGGACCCAGCUGAGAUGGCCCAGGCUGGUGGCAUGGACGGGGAUGGGAAGGGUCUUGACCAGAACCCCACAGAACACAAACCCUCAGUCAUCGUCACCCGCAGGCGGUCCACCCGGGUCCCCGGGUCAGAGGCGACGAAUCAGGCAGAGGACAUGAACGUCAAACUGGAGGGGGAACCCUCUGUGCGGAAACCAAAGCAGCGGCCACGCCCUGAGCCCCUCAUCAUCCCCACCAAGGCGGGCACUUUCAUCGCCCCUCCUGUCUACUCCAACAUCACCCCAUACCAGAGCCACCUGCGCUCUCCCGUCCGCCUGGCUGACCACCCGUCCGAGCGGAGCUUCGAGCUGCCCCCUUACACGCCACCUCCCAUCCUCAGUCCCGUGCGGGAAGGUUCCGGCCUCUACUUCAACGCCAUCAUAUCCACCAGCAGCGUCCCAGCCCCUCCUCCCAUCACGCCCAAGAGUGCCCAUCGCACCCUGCUGCGCUCCAACAGCACGGAAGUCACGCCUCCCGUCCUCUCCGUGAUGGGUGAGGCCACCCCUGUGAGCAUCGAGCCGCGGAUCAACGUGGGCUCCCGGUUCCAAGCAGAAAUCCCCUCCAUGAGGGACCGUUCCCUGGCAGCUGCAGACCCCCACAAGGCUGACCUAGUGUGGCAGCCAUGGGAAGACCUGGAGAGCAGCCGGGAGAAGCAGAGGCAAGUGGAAUACCUUUUGACUGCUGCCUGUUCCAGCAUUUUCCCUGGUGCUGGCACCAACCAGGAGCUGGCCCUGCAUUAUUUGCACGAGAGCAGGGGAGAUAUCCUGGAAACACUGAAUAAGCUGCUACUGAAGAAGCCCCUGCGGCCCCACAACCACCCGCUGGCAACUUAUCACUACACAGGCUCUGACCAAUGGAAGAUGUCAGAGAGGAAGCUCUUCAACAAGGGCAUUGCCAUCUACAAAAAGGAUUUCUUUCUGGUCCAGAAGCUGAUCCAAACCAAGACGGUGGCCCAGUGCGUGGAGUUCUACUAUACCUACAAGAAGCAGGUGAAGAUCGGCCGCAACGGGACGCUCACCUUCGGGGAUGUCGAUACAAGCGACGAGAAGUCGGCCCAGGAAGAGGUGGAAGUGGAUAUCAAGACUUCGCAGAAGUUCCCAAGGGUGCCUCCUCCCAGAAGAGAGUCCCCAGGUGAAGAGAGGCCGGAGCCAAGGAGGGAGGUGAAGGAGCCCAGGAAGGAGGGGGAGGAAGAGGUGCCCGAGGCCCAGGAUCAGGGGGAGCAGGAAGAGGGGCGAGAGCGCAGCCGGCGGGCCGCGGCUGUCAAAGCCACGCAGACACUACAGGCCAAUGAGUCGGCCAAUGACGUCCUCAUCCUGCGGAGUCACGAAUCCAACGCCCCUGGCUCGGCCGUCACUCCGGCCUCAGAGAAGCCGAGGGAGGGGCCUGGGAAGUCGCGAAGGGCGCUGCCUUUUUCGGAGAAGAAGAAAAAAAUGGAGACAUUUAAUAAGACCCAGAAUCAGGAAAACACUUUCCCUUGUAAAAAGUGUGGCAGGGUGUUCUACAAGGUGAAGAGCCGCAGCGCGCACAUGAAGAGCCACGCCGAGCAAGAGAAGAAGGCGGCGGCGCUGAGGCAGAAGGAAAAGGAGGCCGCUGCCGCCGCUGCUGCGGCCGCCGCCACCCCGCACCAGCCGGCGCAGCGUGAGGAGAGCGGCCUGGGCGACAAGGGCUGAGGCGCUGCCCGCCCUCGAGCCCGUGCAGGUAGUGAAGACAGUCCUGCGGACCUAGCUCCGCCAGACGAAAAAUCAGAAAAACAGACAAUGAAAUAAACGGCUUUUAUAUAUAUAUAUAUAUGUAAUUUAUAAAGGCCCCCCGAGGUGGUAUUAAGGGCUGCAGGAUGCAGGGGUGUUUUUUUUUGUUUGUUUUUGUUUUUGUAUUUUUGCAUUCGGCUUGUCGGGACCGGCCCCUGGCUCUGACUGGCUCCCGGCUGCCUCUCACGCUCCCUUCCCCACCUCAGCCCUGGGUCUCCGGGAAGCCACCAUGGGGGGCCGUGAAGCACAAGUUGACCCUUGCUGCAGCGGGCAGGCUGCACACCCCCAGCCCCCGGUGAGGGGGCCGGCCACUCCAAGGGCGCUCAGCCCGACCCGGGGCUGCGCCUGCCCGCGCCCAUGCCUCUGUCCUCACUGGCAGCCAGACCGGGCACUAUGCCCUGGCCACUUGCUGGCAGCUCUGCUGGGCUUGGCACAGCUUCUGCAGUCCGCGCCCUUCAGCCAGCCGCAGGGCCUGGGCCGAGGCCGGCUCGUCGUGCCUACCCCGUCUGCUAAGCCUUGCUGAAGGCUGCUGCGGGAGUUGAAUAGACCCCAGGGAGAGGCCCAGGCUGCUCCUUCUUGGUGCCAACUCUCUGCUUGCCUCUGUGCCUGUCUCAGCAGCUGCCACCUAAACCCACCUGCUUCACCCUUCCCGCCUGCUCGCCUCCUGUCCUCCUCCUCCCCCUGCCCCCCGGCAGUCCACGCUGGAGAUUUCUGGAUCCUUCUCUGGAGGGGGAGGCCUCCUGACUAGGUUGGGACAGGAGUCUUUGUUCCUUGACUCGUGUCAUUUGGGAGCUAUUUAUUUAUUCUUUUAAUAUUUAAUUUUUAACAUCCUCUCAGGGACCAGUGGCCUCCUGUUUGCCAGAGGCCCUAGUGCAUUUAUCCAAAAACAAGGCACCUUGACAUCCCCAUUCCCCACCCUUCAAUUCCCAAAGCCCUGGCUGGCCCUCACCUGUUUGCUGGGGAAGUGCUUGCCAGUAGCAGUGAUAGCCACACUGAAACGGCAGGAGGGAAGGCAGUUCUUACUGUGGCCUCUUCUGUACUUUCACACGGCCUGAGGGAGUCAGCAGGCAGCCAGAAUUCCAGUUGUGUUGAUGAAGCCAUAAUCUGCAGGGAAGUCACUGAAGUGAAAGGGCCAGAAGGUUCUGGAAGCCCUUGUCCUUGUCAGUCCCAUAGAAGGGCUGAGUUAUUUUUCAGAUCUUGUUACUCAACCUCAGUUGUGCAAGACAUUCAAAGUGAAUGCAUCUGCAGUGGGUCAGCAUGUUUGGAAGGAGCCAAAAAGUUAUUUUGCUUCUCCAAAGGAAAUGGACUGAAAGCCGUCAUGUUGGUAACCGGGGGUAGAAAUGGAGUUACUACAUUUUUGAACUAUGCACGAUCAGGUAUUUGUUUUCAGUGUUCAUGUAUGCAUUGGCAUGAUUCUGCAGGAUCACAGACUCCUGCAUUUAACCUGGCUCUCCAACAUCCCAGUCCGUUUCCCUCUUCCGCCUUCUCCCAAGCUCAAGGUGUCCCAAGACAGCGAACAUGUGGCGUGCCUUCUAGAAGCAGAAGGGUAGCAGAUUCAGGCUGUCUUCUAAAUCCUUGUGUGAUCUGAGUGCCUUUGCAGCUUAGCCCCAAAGUGCUACUUACGUUUCCCAAGGUUUUCCUAUUGACACCCCUGUUUGGUUUCAUGCCUCUCUGUGGACAUGUGGUUAACAGAAACCUCCUCCAGUCAUGCCAGGCCCUUCUGCCCAGUAGGGAAUCUUCAGUAUUUGGACAUCUUUUCAACAAGAAAGUGAUUCUAUCCCGCUAAGCUCGCUGAGGUCAGACCUGGUGAAUGUAGCUGAAGGAAAGGGAGAUGGUGCCUGCCUGUGUGAGUCCCUCCCAACUGGAGGAGGGCCCGUGUCCAGGAUGCGUUUAGAUUUCAGACGCUGCGUGAAAAGGAGAAUGUUAAGUGAUGGUGACAAGUGACGUGUCCAUCAAGUGGACGCAGCCGUAGAAGCUGGCAGAGGUACAUCCUUAAUGGUGCUUCCUUCUCCCUGUGAACACCUUAGGCGUGUCUUCUGUUGCUUCUCCCUCCCAUUCGGAGCCCUUUAAUGAGUUAGACAACACCUCCAGCUCUGUCAUCUUCGCACGCUGCCUCAGCCUACCCGUCUCCCAGUCUGUCCCAUCUGCCAUCGGCUAUGGGUGUGAUGCUGACCUAGUGCCUGUGUUCUGGACCGUUUCUGAGGUCCCCCAGCCCUCCAAGGAGACAGUGGCAUCUUCACUGUCGUCCACGCCUUCAGCAUCCACCCUCGCAGCUAAGGUACAACUCGCCCCUCUGCCACGCCACCCCCCUCCCUGGCACGGAGGCCUUGUGCCGCUCAUGGCUCGAGGAACUGCCUAGGUGACCUGGCCUCCUCCCCUGGGCCAGAUGUGUAGAUGAAGAAUGCACCGCAGACUGCGGCCUCAGCUCCUUGAGUCUGCUCACACUGGGGGCCCUCUUUUCUGGGGUAUUGUGACUAGAGUGGCAAGCCUGACUCCCUUGAGGUUUACGGGAAGGAUGCAGAUUUUCCUAAAACCAUUGUGCCCCUCCCAUCUUGCUGCGUUACCAUUUGCCUCUAAUUUGUAGCUGUUUCACCUUUUACUCAUGGCUCUCUAAGUUGAAGGCCUUGUUGGAGGGGACAGAGCACAGGAACAGCCUUGACAGUGUGUAAUUAUUGUACAGAUAUUUUAAUAGCCUAUAAAUAAGUAUAUUUCUUUUAUUUUGAGACAAAUGAUCAGACACUGCCUUUUGUGUGUUUGCUGCCUGUGGCACCCCCCUUUUUUUUAAAAAAAGACUGUUACAUAUUAAAAUGGUGUACAUAGAUAUAAAUAUAUAAAUAUGACCUCUUAUGCUGUACAGUUGUGAUAGAUGAGACGGAAGAUUUUAUUUUUUGUGUGCUUUUUAUAUAAAAAAUUAAUACACUAAAGAGAAUCUUGCUGAUGUGAUUGUAAUGUACCUAUGUAACUUAUUUACUUUUGAAUGUUCUUCUGUAUCUUUAAACCUUUCAUUAAACAAGGUUUUAAAAA